AUGAAAGAUGGAUUGGUAGAUGAUGAUGAUGCUUUGGAUAAUGAUGAUGAUGAUUUGGAUGAUGAUGAUGAUGAUUUAGAUGAUGAUGAUGAUGCUUUGGAUGAUGAUGAUGAUGAUGAUGAUGAUGAUGAUGCUUUGGAUGAUGAUGAUGAUGAUGCUUUGGAUGAUGAUGAUGAUGAUGAUGAUGCUUUGGAUGAUGAUGAUGAUGAUGAUGAUGCUUUGGAUGAUGAUGAUGAUGAUGAUGAUGCUUUGGAUGAUGAUGAUGAUGAUGCUUUGGAUGAUGAUGAUGAUGAUGAUGCUUUGGAUGAUGAUGAUGAUGAUGAUGAUGAUGAUGAUGCUUUGGAUGAUGAUGAUGAUGAUGAUGCAUUGGAUGAUGAUGAUGAUGAUGCUUUGGAUGAUGAUGAUGAUGAUGAUGAUGAUGAUGCUUUGGAUGAUGAUGAUGCUUUGGAUGAUGAUGAUGAUGAUGCUUUGGAUGAUGAUUUAGAUGAUGAUGAUGCUUUGGAUGAUGAUUUAGAUGAUGAUGAUGAUGCUUUGGAUGAUGAUGAUGAUGAUGCUUUGGAUGAUGAUGAUGCUUUGGAUGAUGAUUUAGAUGAUGAUGAUGAUGAUGAUGAUGAUGAUGAUGCAUUGGAUGAUGAUGAUGAUGAUGAUGCUUUGGAUGAUGAUGAUGAUGAUGCUUUGGAUGAUGAUGAUGAUGAUGCUUUGGAUGAUGAUUUAGAUGAUGAUGAUGAUGCUUUGGAUGAUGAUGAUGAUGAUGAUGCUUUGGAUGAUGAUGAUGCUUUGGAUGAUGAUGAUGAUGAUGAUGAUGCUUUGGAUGAUGAUGAUGAUGAUGAUGAUGCUUUGGAUGAUGAUGAUGAUGAUGCUUUGGAUGAUGAUGAUGAUGAUGAUGAUGCUUUGGAUGAUGAUGAUGAUGAUGAUGCUUUGGAUGAUGAUGAUGAUGCUUUGGAUGAUGAUGAUGAUGCUUUGGAUAAUGAUGAUGCUUUGGAUGAUGAUUUAGAUGAUGAUGAUGAUGCUUUGGAUGAUGAUGAUGAUGAUGCUUUGGAUGAUGAUUUAGAUGAUGAUGAUGAUGCUUUGGAUGAUGAUGAUGAUGCUUUGGAUGAUGAUUUAGAUGAUGAUGAUGAUGCUUUGGAUGAUGAUGAUGAUGCUUUGGAUGAUGAUGAUGCUUUGGAUGAUGAUGAUGAUGAUGCUUUGGAUGAUGAUUUAGAUGAUGAUGAUGAUGCUUUGGAUGAUGAUGAUGAUGAUGAUGCUUUGGAUGAUGAUGAUGCUUUGGAUGAUGAUUUAGAUGAUGAUGAUGAUGCUUUGGAUGAUGAUGAUGAUGAUGAUGCUUUGGAUGAUGAUGAUGAUGAUGCUUUGGAUGAUGAUUUAGAUGAUGAUGAUGAUGCUUUGGAUGAUGAUGAUGAUGAUGAUGCUUUGGAUGAUGAUGAUGCUUUGGAUGAUGAUUUAGAUGAUGAUGAUGAUGCUUUGGAUGAUGAUGAUGAUGAUGCUUUGGAUGAUGAUGAUGAUGAUGCUUUGGAUGAUGAUGAUGAUGAUGCUUUGGAUGAUGAUGAUGAUGCUUUGGAUGAUGAUGAUGAUGAUGCUUUGGAUGAUGAUUUAGAUGAUGAUGAUGCUUUGGAUGAUGAUGAUGAUGAUGCUUUGGAUGAUGAUGAUGAUGAUGAUGAUGCUUUGGAUGAUGAUGAUGAUGAUGAUGAUGCUUUGGAUGAUGAUGAUGAUGAUGAUGCUUUGGAUGAUGAUGAUGAUGAUGAUGAUGCUUUGGAUGAUGAUGAUGAUGAUGAUGCUUUGGAUGAUGAUGAUGAUGAUGAUGAUGAUGAUGAUGCUUUGGAUGAUGAUGAUGAUGAUGAUGAUGAUGAUGCUUUGGAUGAUGAUGAUGAUGAUGCUUUGGAUGAUGAUGAUGAUGAUGAUGCUUUGGAUGAUGAUGAUGAUGAUGAUGAUGCUUUGGAUGAUGAUGAUGAUGAUGAUGAUGCUUUGGAUGAUGAUGAUGAUGAUGCUUUGGAUGAUGAUGAUGAUGAUGAUGCUGAUGAUGCUUUGGAUGAUGAUUUAGAUGAUGAUGAUGAUGCUUUGGAUGAUGAUGAUGAUGCUUUGGAUGAUGAUGAUGAUGCUUUUGAUGAUGAUGAUGAUGAUGCUUUGGAUGAUGAUGAUGCUUUGGAUGAUGAUGAUGAUGAUGAUGCUUUGGAUGAUGAUGAUGAUGAUGAUGAUGAUGACGGUAGAGAGGAUGAAGAAGCCAAUGAACUAGUUCCUUAUUCUAUGAUUGAUACAUUUCCAGAUAAGAGAUUAUGA